CAAUUGUCCAAACGCCCCAAGAAGAAUCUCAAAUUUACUCCAAACAUAUCCCUUUUUUUUUCUCUCUAUGUAUAUAUAAUCGUCUUCUCCAUUCUCUUCGCUCCAAGUCUAACCCAAGUCCUCUCUCUGAUUGAAGCUUCUGCAGCUCUGUCAAUUGGUUAACAAUGGCGGGAGCUUCGGUCAAACCCACCCCCCUUUUGAAAGAUGAACUCGAUAUCGUCAUCCCAACGAUUAGAAACCUCGAUUUCUUGGAGAUGUGGAGACCCUUUUUCGAGCAAUACCAUUUGAUCAUUGUUCAAGAUGGUGACCCAUCGAAGACUAUCAAGGUCCCAGAAGGAUUCGACUAUGAACUCUACAAUCGGAAUGAUAUCAAUCGGAUUCUGGGUCCAAAGGCCUCUUGCAUUUCUUUUAAGGAUUCUGCUUGUCGAUGCUUCGGCUAUAUGGUUUCCAAGAAGAAGUACAUCUACACAAUUGAUGAUGAUUGCUUUGUUGCGAAGGACCCCUCAAACAAAGAUAUCAACGCACUCGAGCAGCAUAUAAAGAACCUUCUAUCACCUGCCACCCCACAUUUCUUCAACACUCUGUAUGAUCCAUAUAGAGAAGGUGCAGACUUUGUCCGUGGAUACCCUUUCAGUCUCCGUGAGGGUGUCCCGACUGCGGUUUCUCAUGGACUUUGGCUUAACAUUCCUGACUACGAUGCUCCUACCCAGCUCGUUAAGCCUCGUGAAAGAAACUCCAGGUAUGUAGAUGCAGUCUUGACAAUUCCCAAGGGAACCUUGUUUCCCAUGUGUGGAAUGAAUCUUGCAUUCGACCGUGAACUGAUUGGACCUGCUAUGUAUUUUGGACUCAUGGGUGAUGGCCAGCCGAUUGGAAGAUACGACGAUAUGUGGGCUGGUUGGUGUGUGAAGGUGAUUUGUGACCAUUUGGGGUGGGGAGUGAAAACAGGGCUGCCCUACAUAUGGCACAGCAAAGCCAGCAACCCAUUCACCAACCUCAAAAAGGAAUACAAAGGGAUCUUCUGGCAAGAAGACAUAAUCCCAUUCUUCCAGUCGGUUGUCCUCCCGAAAGAAUGCACAACGGUUCAGAAAUGCUACAUCGAACUGUCGAAGCUAGUGAAGGAGAAACUCGGCCCCAUCGAUCCUUACUUCGCUAAGCUGUCUGAGGCAAUGGUCACUUGGAUUGAAGCUUGGGAUGAGCUCAACCCUGCUGGAGAUGACUCCAAUGGCCCUGCCAAGAAGUAGUUGGUUUUGUAAGGAACAAGGGAAACACAUUUGGAUGCAAUAGAUUUGAUGAGUCUUUUGCUAGUUUUCUUAUUUACGUUGCCAUAAUUUUCGCCCUUCAGUAUAAUUUUAAUCUUAGAAGAAUGUUGCUGUUAUUUGUUUUGUGUAUCCUUCUCUGCGAAACAUUGAAUUGAGAUCAAUAACAUGGGUAGCCUUUGUUAA